GUUUUCUAUGACGACUUCAGGUUCCUCUCCUGCUGGUAUCAACCUCCAUGCCUCGAUUCAAAUAUAAAUUAACAGUGCAAUCCUAUACAAAGCGAGCACCCAUACGAAUCUUUCAUGGCAACCUCCGAUUGGCCGAGCUCGGGGAGGUGGAGCCAAUAGAACCCGGGAGGGGGCAGCGCGUGCCAGUCCGUCGGCGCGCGCGAUGGGGCUGCUCAGCAUCCUGAAGAAAAUGCGGCAGAAGGAACGCGAAUUGCGGCUGCUCAUGCUGGGCCUCGACAAUGCCGGCAAAACCACGAUCCUGAAGAAGUUCAACGGGGACGAGAUCGACACCAUCUCCCCCACGCUGGGCUUCAACAUCAAGACGCUGGAGCACCGCGGGUUCAAGCUGAACUUCUGGGACGUGGGGGGGCAGAAAUCGCUGCGCUCCUACUGGAGGAACUACUUCGAGAGCACCGACGGGCUCAUCUGGGUGGUCGACAGCGCCGACCUCUUGCGGCUGGAGGACUGCAAGCGGGAGCUGCAGGGGCUGCUGGUGGAGGAGCGCUUAGCUGGAGCCACGUUGCUGAUCUUUGCCAACAAGCAAGACCUGCCGGGGGCGCUGAACCCCAGUGCAAUCCAGGAGGCUCUGGACCUGGACAGCAUCAAGACCCACCACUGGCGCAUCCAGGGCUGCAGCGCGUACACGGGAGAGAACCUGCUGGCGGGAGUGGACUGGCUGCUGGAUGACAUCUCCAGGCGGAUAUUCAACGUGGACUGAGCCGGGCGAGGGCCCACACGCUGCUGCCGCCGCCUCCUCCUCCCCCCCCCACCGCCCCGCACGCUCUUCGUGUGGCCGGUACCUUGGACCCUUUGCCCCUGGCUGCUUUGGGCCUGCCCGGCUGAUCGGGUCCUGCUGCUGCCGCCAAGCCGGGGCUUUGGGCGCAGUCCGUGCUGGCAGGAGCCCAGGGAGGGGGAAAUCGGGGUCGCCCACACUUGGCUCUCUGUAUGGCCUUGACUCGGGAGCAUACCAAUAAAGAUGCGACUCGACGGCCUAGCCUGUCCCUGGGUGCCGCAGCCUCGCGCCAGUGUCGAAGAAAGCGGGGAUGCAGAUGUCCCCCCGUCAAACGCUAAAAUUUGUGGCUGCUGUUCCAGAUAUAUUGUU